AUGGAAAGAAAACCAGAAUGGCUACAAAAACAUAUAUUUGGAAACGAGCUUAUUCCAUAUGGACAAGCUCUGUUUGAAGAGCUUGAACCGGAAACUCAGGAAAGAGUCAUGCAAACAAUACGCGAAGACUCAAAUACAAACUAUGACAAACUCUUUCUAGGAUAUAGGAUACCUGAGAUGGGCGACCAGAGCCCAAAGGCAAAAAGGACAUGGGAAAUUUACAACAUACUAGGUGAACAUGAGGCAAAGAUGCAACAACUUGAAGCAGAGGGCAAGUUACCAAAGAAGAAGAGAAGAGUAGAACAAAGUGAAAGUAGUGAAGAUGCAACUAGUGAAAGUAGUGGCAAUGAAGGAAAAAGAAGAGUUAAAAACUCAGCCAGGAAGAAAGUAAAGCUUGGUCCACGUGGGUUCUAUUAUGACACAUAA